GACAACACCGCUAGUUCUUGGUGGCGAGACCCGGGUCUCAGACGUUGCAUGUUUAACAUCUUUUGUCUUUACGGAUCAGUGUUUGCUUAUGGGUACGAUGGUGCUUUGAUAUCCAGUAUACAAGCUCAGCCGUCAUGGGUGCUCAAAUUCAACAACCCUACUGGGAUUACUCUCGGUAACUUAUCGUCUUCGUAUCUAUACCGUGCGUUUCUCAUAUUCCCCUUCUUGGGUUCAUUCCUCGCCGAUAGGUAUGGUCGUAAGCCGGUCAUGUUCAUUGCCUCCGUCCUUGGAAUUGUGGGACCUAUCAUCUCUUGUUUCGGCGAUAGCGUUGGUAGUUUCAUCGCUGGUCGUAUCAUCACAGGUAUCUCAGCCGCCUUUUAUAUGACCGUUGCGCCUGCGCUCGUCGCAGAAGUGGCCCAUCCUCGUUUCCGUCACUCUGCUCAAGGGAGUUACUACUCGAUGUAUUUCAUCGGUUCAUUCGUCUGCGGUUGGGCAGGUUACGGAUGCGUCAGUUGGAAUAGCAACUGGUCUUGGCGUGUUUUGACUCUCCUUCAAUUCCUCGGUUGUUUCCCUCUCCUUAUCUCUACUCUCACCACUUGGCAAGUCGAAUCUCCUCGUUGGUUGGUCAAGAAAGGUCGUCGAGAACAUGCUCUCAAGGCUUUGGCCGAUCUGCACGCCAACGGAGAUCAGAAUGACGAACUCGUGCUCAACGAAUUGAACGAAAUUGUCGCCGCUGUGGAAUUGGAAGAAUCCGUCAUCCCUGCCGGAUUCAUGGACUUUUUCAAAACUCCCGGAAAUAGAAAACGUUUGGCUAGUGUUGUAUGGUUCGCUUGGGCUCUUUCGAUGAGUGGAAACAAUCUGCUAGCUUAUUACACCCCGGUCAUCCUCGUCAGUAUCGGUUUCACUAGCAGUCUCAAGAUUCAAGCUAUUCUCGCUGGUAAUUCAGCCUGGGGUCUACUAUGUGCUUUGACCGGUGCACAACUGUUGGAGAGACUGGGUAGACGAACACUACUACUCUGGGGAUCCGUAGCGACGAUUGUCAGUUUUGCCAUCUUCACAGGUACGACCGCUGGUUUCGUCGUUAGCGGUAAUUUAGGUGCUGCCAAUGGAGCUCUAGCUUUCUUAUUCAUUUUCGCCGGUUGUUUCAUCAUCUGGGGUUUUCCUCUUCCUUACACUUAUGUUCCGGAAAUCUUACCUUAUCAACUUCGUGUCAAAGGAAUGGCAAUUUAUGGUAUCACGACCAACGCCGGGGCUUUGUAUAACUCUCUAGUCAACCCUGUUGCACUCGAAGCUAUCGGUUGGAGGUACUAUUGCAUGUUUGCUGGCUUGCUCGUCAUACAAACCGUCAUUGCCUACUUUUUGAUCAUGGAGACGAAGGGUCUCACCCUCGAAGACAUUGCUGUUUUGUUCGAUGGAGCGGACGCUCAUAUCGCUCCUGCUCUUCAGGACAAAUCUUCCGUACACGGGGAAGAGAAAUUGGAGGAGGCGAGGUACGAAGCUGAGCACGUUUAA